CUUGGAGAUAGUGAGUGGAAGAGGGAAGGAAAGGGAGGAAGGCCUCUGAAAUUCCCAACUGGACCUGAAAUCUGGAUACAACAUCGGACACGUAAGCUGCCACAAAAUUCAUGGCUUAUACACAAUCCAGUUAAUCGGAUGAUUACCCCUUUUGAAUUGUCCGCCUCCAGAUAAGGGGGCUUUUAGAGUAUACACUUUACACUCAUUUCUCUUGCUCUUGCAUUUCUUCAAAAUCCUCACCCCACAAAAUUCAUCAUCAAGAACCCACGUUCUUAUGGUUCUUUGCCUAUUUGAUAUUGAUUACCAUCAGAUUAUUCACUCAAAAAGACAUUUGAUUACGAACCCAGAAAGGAAAAUCCCAUUUUUUUGGUUUCAAUUUCUGGAAUUGGCCCGAGAAGGGAAGGAGGGACGAAGAUUGUAUUUUUUGUAUGCAGCAGAAAAUAUCCAGCUGAGAAGGCUGCAUGAGUAGUCAGGAAGCGGAGAAGAAGUGGUGCUUCAAGGCAGUGUUCUUGGAGGCUCAUCAUCAUCAUCGUCAGAAAUUACAAAUUCAGCAGCAGCCAUGGGCGCGGUUGUCAUUGCUAAUUCUCAGUACAAUGUUUCGUGUUCUACUACUCUCUGCUGCGGUUUUCCCCAAGCUCCUUAUCAGACGUCGUCUUGUCUUAGAAUACGCUCUCGCUUCUCUCAUCGUCGACGGUUGAUUCAUAAAUUUAUCCCUUAUAGGUUAGAGCACUUGCAUCGAAAGUGUUCAAUCACAAAUAUUGAUGUUCUCAGUCCCGUGGAAAUUGUUGAAAGAAUUCCAGAAGAUCCCACAACUGAUGAUUUGAAUUGUCCUGUAUCGAUUCUCCAGCUAAAUCCAGAUGUCUUGGAGACUGAAGCACUCAAUUUAUUGUCUCAGGAGACAUUUGUAGAUGAGCUUUUGACAGCAUUACCUGUUUUGUCAAAGGAAGAGCAGAAUAUUAUAGCCGCUACUCCAGCCCAUCCUGCAGGAUUGUAUGCUUUGUAUGCUAAUUGCUUGGCUGGGAAUUUGGUGGAACAGCUCUGGAACUUUGCUUGGCCUGCUGCUAUAGCUUUGCUUCAUCAAAGCCUUCUCCCUGUGGCUUUAAUUGGGUUUUUCAGUAAGCUUGCUGUAAUUGUUGGGGGUCCUCUGGUUGGAAAGCUUAUGGAUCAUUAUCCCAGAAUACCAGCUUACAACUGUUUGUCGGCUGUCCAGGCAGCUGCUCAGCUGUUGUCAGUUGGAAUGAUAAUUUGUGCUCACACUCUUAGUUCCUCGUUGGAGUCGUCUGUUCUUCUUCGGCCUUGGUUUUUUCUACUUGUUUUAGCUGGGGCCGUGGAGAGACUAUCUGGAUUGGCCCUCGGAGUUGCCAUUGAACGGGAUUGGGUUGUUCUGUUAGCAGGAACCAACCGGCCAAUUGCUCUUGCACAAGCGAAUGCUAUUAUCAGCCGAAUCGAUCGCCUUUGCGAGAUUGCAGGAGCUUCAUUAUUUGGUAUUCUUUUGUCAACUUAUGCCCCUGUGACUUGCUUGAAACUAGCUGCUGGCCUGAUGAUAAUUACUCUUCCAGUCACGGUUUUCCUCACAUGCUUAACCAACAAGCUAUCUGCUGGUGUUCUAGAGCGAUCAAAAUCAACUUGUAGGAAUUUUGAAAUUGAAUCUCUGCCAAAUCCUCAAGACAUGAUGCAAAGAGGUUUCGAAGCUAUUAAGCAUGGGUUGGUUGAAUACUUGCACCAGCCUGUCCUUCCAGCUAGCCUAUCGUAUGUGCUGCUCUGUUUCAAUGUUGUUCUUGCCCCUAGCGAAUUGAUGACCGCAUUCUUAACCCAGCAAGGUUUGAAUCCCUCUGUCAUUGGGGGAUUUAGUGGAUUAUGUGCUUUCAUGGGUGUUGCAGCAACAUUUGUUUCAGCAACUCUAGUGAAGCGGCUCGGCAUUUUAAAGGUUGUGCUCUUAAGACAUAACUGCUUUUGUUUUAUGUCCUUUUACAUUAUUUUCUCACUUGUGCUUAAUUCUUGUGAAUUUUACUAGGCUGGAGCGACUGGACUUAUAUUUCAGGCUUCCUUUCUAACAGCAGCCCUCACUAUAUAUUGGACUUGCUCUCUUUCUCAGCAAAGGCCACUUUUGAUCUUCCUAUUCAUGAUUAUAUUGUCAAGAUUGGGGCAGAUGUCAUAUGACAUUGUUGGCCAACAAAUUUUACAAACCGGAAUUCCAGAAUCCAAAGCAAACCUUAUAGGGACAACUGAGGUUUCUGUUGCAAGUUUGGCUGAGUCUGUUAUGUUAGGGGUAGCAAUAAUUGCAAAUGACAUCUCACACUUUGGAAUUUUAGCUACACUCUCACUGUUUUCUGUGAUUGGGGCCGCAUGGUUGUUUUGCAAAUGGUUGGUGAAUCCUACAGAAGCACAGAAGAGCAUUCUCUCGUCAGUUUUGAUGCCAACUGUGAGUAUCAAUUUGUCAAUCUGUUGUUCUUUGGGCAUAUUUCUUACAGUUGCAUUUGUUAGCCAAUUUUCCAUUCAUGUUCCAGAUUUUCUUCAUUAACUCCCCUAUGGUUGAUGAACUACUCACGAAUUUUUCCAGUGAUACAUCAGCUGCUGGGUCUGACUUUAUGCUGUUUUAAUAGUUUGAACUUUGAACAAGUACUUGGAGUAGUUUAUAGAUCAAAUUUGACCUUAACUUUACGUUGUUUUGGGCACAUUUUCACUCCCAGGGAUCAAGCCUUCGACUUCAACUGAUAAGCUUAUCACAUGAAAGCUAGUCCACGUGUGCAUAGUCUUCUAAGCAAUUUGCAUGUUACUGGAGUCUUUACAUGUUAUUGUGAGCAGUUUAAUUUCUUUUUUCUUUUUUUUUUUUCUUUUUUUUCUGUUCUGAUGUCUUUUGAGAUUUUUUGACAUGAGCAACUGUCCUUCCGACAAGUUUUGUAGUCUUCUCGCCACCUCAUUUACUCCCAUGUUAUCAUGUAGUAAAUUAUUUUUGUUUGACACAUUUGAGCUAUGGAUGUGACCUGUAAGAGCCUCUUGUGUAGCUUGUAACUGUUUUGAUUUGCAACAGGUGUAGCUGUGAUCGAUGUUGGCAAAGUUCUCAGCUAGAUGAUUCAGUUUUUGGGAUGCAUACCGAAUUUAAAAACAUCAAAGGGUACGCUUCAAUACUCGAUUGAAGGAAGGCACUCUGGUGAAGGUACAAUCCCAGGUGUAACCUAUACUUUUGAGAUGCAUACUGAGGAUAUUAAGGAAUGACAAUGAUCCACGCCUGUGCACCUGUGCUUACUUGGAUGAGCGAGUCGACCGAGUUCUCGUUGAGUGGUAUAUUUCUGCAACUCACAUGGACAGCAUACUUAUAAACACACUUCAAGUUGUCCUCGACAUCCAACCACUUAAACUUCCAUUCAUCAACCCCUCGCAACCCCAUACACAACCUAGGACAUAAAGAAGAUGACUACGUUGUACAUGGAUUAGAGUAUAUUGCAAACAUUGACUGAUACUACUAAUUCUAUAGCAACCGUGUGGAUGAUGAUCCCAGAGUGCAGUUGCUAUGAUGUUCAUUUAAAUGAACUGACUAAUGAAUGACUACUUUAAUUUGGGUCUCGUACUACUGCAGAUCGCCUACUAGAAAAGAAAAUGAAUUCCCAGAUUCCAUCUUCUACCAUCCACUUACUCUAACGAAUACCAUUGUAGAUCAAGAUGUCGAAGGUAGUUUCAAAAAAAAAAAAAAAAAAAAUGUAGAAGGCCAGAAAUUCUAAGGAAAUACAUUAUUGCUUUGGAAUACAAGAUGGGGUACAUUAUUAAUUUAUUAUUUUGAUGAAAUACACCAUUCGUUCUAUUUAAUCGGCAUAUUUUAAAACAAAAGUUAGUGUAAGUUUAAGUAGAAUAUUACUAGAAUUAAAUUACAAAUGGAGUUGGGAAAGAAAAAAUUGUUGCAAACUUUCGGACGGCAAUUUAUCCAGUGUAACUGGGAGCAUGUACUCUCUCUUAUUUUUUGCACAUGUAGUUUUUAUUGUAUUUUUCUUCAAUAUUCUUAUAUAUUGUAAGUUUAGCC